AGGGCUUGUACCUGAAAAGCAAGGUCUAAAUCUAAAGCCCUCCCAAAACCCUUCUUCUCAAGCUUCCUUUCUCCGUAGCGGUCUUCUUCCUACACUCCCUCUACUCACACCCAGAACGAUGCCAUCUUCCGCGACCGUCUGCCACUCUCGGAGGCUCUUCGGAAAUCUCAUUCUUCGCCUGACGUGCUCCACCAGCCAAGCGAGUCGAUUCCAGAAACCCCACGGUCCGUCGACCUCUCAGCAUCGUCUGGUCUCCCUUUCGAGUUUCUCGUCGCAUUCGACUCCAAUAUCCACUCCGUCGGCUGCCCACGAGAAGGUUCUACUCGCAGAGUUGGUCUCGGAGAAGAAAUGGUCGAAAGAGACGGAGAAGGCGUUAGAUGGUGCUGGUUUCCUAUUGACCCACGAAACCGUCGUCUACGUUCUGAAAAAGCUCGAAAGUAACCCCAGAAAAGCACUAGAUUUCUUCGAAUGGGUCGAAGGGAAGAAGGGGUUGCCGAUUAGCCCCGUCUCCUAUGACAUCUUGAUCAAAAUUGCUGCGCAUAAGGAUUUUAUGAAAGAAUUCUGGCGUAUCGUCAAAGAGAUGCAGGACCGCGGGCUCGUCGUCGACGAAGAAACGUAUCAGAACAUAUUGACGAGGUUCGUGAAGGAAAGGAUGGUGAACGAAGCCGCCGCGUGGAAGCAAUUGAAGAGCUUGAUGCAGGAAAAGAGCACAUUGAGGACGAAUGUGGAAUCUGUAGUCGGAAUAAUCUCGGGAUGGGAUUGGAACGAACAGGUCGAGGCGCAAUUGGGAAGUCUUGAUCUACAGUUCAGUGAUGUGCUUGUGAUCAGAGUGUUGAGGGAGCUCCGGGCUCUUCCUUUGAAGGCUCUAAACUUCUUCCGGUGGGUCGGCGGGCAGCCCAAUUACAGACACACUGCUACUACAUAUGGUUCAAUUGUUCGGGUGCUCGGGCGCACCGAUUCGAUCGAAGAGUUCUGGAACAUUGUGAGGGAGAUGAAGGAUGAAGGCUUUGAAUUGGAUUUUGACACGUACAUAAAGCUUGCUAGGCGGUUCCAGAAGUGGAAGAUGAUGAAGGAUGCAGUUGAUCUCUAUGAGUUUAUGAUGGAAGGUCCAUACAAGCCUUCCAUGCAGGAUUGCAGUUUGCUCUUGCAGCAAAUUGCUCUCUCAGGCUUGCCGGAUAUGGAUUUGGUGUUCCGAGUUGUUCAGAUUUUCGAAAAAGGCGGGAAUUCACUUUCGAAGUCCGUCUAUGAUGGUAUUCACAGAUCCUUAACCAGUGUUGGCAGAUUUGAUGAGGCAAAUCAAAUCAUGAAGACGAUGAAAGACGCGGGAUUCGAGCCCGAUAACAUCACUCACAGUCAACUUGUUUUUGGGUUGUGCAAGGCAGGAAGAUUAGAGGAAGCUCGUAAGACGUUGGAUGAAAUGGAAGAACACGGUUGCACCCCUGAUCUUAAGACUUGGACGAUCUUGAUCCAGGGACAUUUUCUUGUUGGUGAAGUCAAUCAAGCAUUGUCUUGUUUCACAAGGAUGUUGGAGAAGAACUGUGAUGCUGAUGCUGAUCUCAUUGCUGUGAUGGUGAAAGGCCUCUGUGAUAAGAACAGAGUGGUAGAUGCUUACACCAUACUUGUUGAAAUUGUAGAGACUGGUAAUUUGAGACCAUGGCAGGCGACGUACAAGCUCUUGAUUGAAAGGCUACUGAAGAAUGGUAGGCUUGAAGAAGGUCUGAAGCUUCUAAAUUUGAUGAAGAGCCACGGCUUCCCACCAUUUCCAGAACCUUUUGUCGAUUAUAUUUCCAAGCGUGGAACAGUUGAAGAUGGCAUGGACUUUUUGAAGGCGCUGACUGUGAAGCGUUUCCCUUCUACUUCAGCACAUGUUCAUCUUUUGCAGGCAUUUUUCAAGGAAGGUAGGAAUCCUGAAGCCCAAGAUUUGCUGUAUAAAUUUCCACAUCAUAUUCGCAACCAUGCCGAUGUUUUGAGUCUGUUUGGAUCUUCAAAUCCUAAAGCGAAGGCUGCUGCUUAAUCUUUUAUCAAGCGCCUUUAAUGAUGCCUAUGUGUCUUCAUGGCCAAUUCCGGUGCGUCUAAAUGUACGUCUUCCCGUUUACACUUCAAAAGACAGAUGAACGUUCAUGACAGGGAAUGCCAAUUUUGAAUAGUUUGAGUCUGUGACUGCACCUUUUACGCUAGAAAAAGUGGACAUGAAUCAUUGGUUUUCGUUGUUACUUAUGAGUUGAAUUUAAUAGCUCAACCAAGUUGUACCAUGAACAUACGACCGCCAUCUUCAGCAUGGAUCUUCUAUAAUGUAUUCAAAUGAGUUCAGCAGUUGAAGUUUUAGAAGAUUCAAGAGGUUU